AUUUCCAAUCCAGACUCACGCAAAAUGUCCACUUCCGUUUCGUUCGUUGACGACGAUGCCAUCAAGCAAGCGUUUGCCAGCGUCCGCGCUGACAGCAACAGCACCACCUGGCUGCUGCUCGGACAUGCUGAAAGCAACCCGAACGUCGUCGAGCUCCAAGCAACCGGCGAGGGCGGUCUCGAUGAGCUGCUCGAGCGCCUCGACAAUGCUCAGUUCCAAUACGCACUGUUCCCGCACGUCCGAGGAGGUCGAUCUGAGCCACACUGUCAAGUUUGUCUAUGUUCACUGGAAUGGCAACGACGUUCCGUUCGCAAAGAAGGGCCGCUUUGGUGUCGUCCACGGCGCCGUUCAGGAGCGCUUCCACCCCUACCACAUUGACUUUGACAUUUCAGCACACAACGAAAUCUCCGAGCAGCUCAUCCAAGAGAAGCUGGCCGAUGCCAGCGGCACUGGCAAGAAGGUUCUCGACCCCCUCGAAGCCGCCACCCGCCAAGCGCGCACCUUCACCGCCUCGCCCUCCAGCCAGGAGGCUCUUCUCAACUCGAAGACUGGCGCCAAGGCCCCACCGAUGGUUGGUGUCAACAAGGACGCCGUCGCUGUUCAAGCUGAUGACUCUGCCGCCGAGGCCAUCGCUGAUGUCCGAAAUGACGCCACCGAGACCACCUGGACCAUCUUGAGCUACCAGGACAACGAUGUCAAGAAGCCCAUUAUCGCCGUUGCUUCCGGCUCUGGCGACCGUGACCAGCUCCGGCAGCACAUUACCACUGAGAUGGUUGCUUACAUUCUCUGGCGCACCACCGACGUCUAUGAGGGCAUCACCAACGUCAAGUUUGUCUCCAUCACCUGGGUUGGCGAUCAGGUCAAGCCGAUGGCAAAGGCCAAGGUCUCCACACAUAAGGGUGCCAUCACCCCGAUUAUUGGCCCCGUCCACCUCGCACUGAAUGCAACUUCGUACAGUGAAAUCACCCAGACCAUCAAGUUCAACUACUAAACACACAAAACGCCGUUGUUUUGAAAUGCUCUCAUUGGUGGGGUUUUGUUUUCCGUUUCAUGAGGUGUUCUUUUUUUCUGUUGCAAAUACAAGUAUCCUUUUUUU